UUGAAACAAAAGGUCCAUAUUUGGGUAAGAGAGAGAGAGAGAGAGAGUGAGAUGGCCUCUCUUGCAUUCUCACACUCAUCUACCAGAGCUUGUGCAAAGUUGACACAAGGGUUUUCUUCAACCCCUCAAAUCUCUUCCAUUCCCGCUGUCAAAUUCUCUCCCACAUCUUCUACUCUCAGGUGGAAAGGUUCUAGAAAAUUGCUUAUAAAUCAAAGGUUGCUAACUGUUUCUGCAACAAACCCCAACUCUAGAGGUGGAAAAUCAACCAGUGAAGGAUCAGAUGUAAAUGAAAGUAGCAAUGCUGCAAAGGGGCCUCCUCUCCUUACUAUUUUGGCUGGAUUCUUUGUCUUUUUCCUCGUUUGUUGGAUCAUUGGUUCCGUUAUAAUGUGGCUGAUAAGUUUGAUUGUUAAUGUUCCUCCUCUAAAAUAAAUUUGUUUAUUGUAAUGUUGUGUUUGUACUUUAAUCUAUGGCAUUAGUCCUUAUCAUUUUCUUUCAGUUUUAUUUUUAUGCAUGUGGACUUAGUAGUAUUUGAGUGGUAAAAAUACCAAAGAGAGCUGAAAGCAGAUAAAGGGAAGAAAGAGCUUAAGAGAUAGGGUUUUGUUUUGGGUAGUUAUCCUCGGCAAAGUUCU